CAAAGCAAAGUCCACCUCACUCGUCCACUCCUCUCGCUUGUGCUCGGCCCCUCGGCGCAGCUCCUGCUGCCCUGGUGGAAGGAACUUUCUGCUUUUGGUGGUAAUAUGCAUGUGUCACUAGCUGAGGCCCUGGAGGUUCGGGGUGGACCACUUCAGGAGGAAGAAAUAUGGGCUGUAUUAAAUCAAAGUGCUGAAAGUCUCCAAGAAUUAUUCAGAAGAGUAAGCAUAGCUGAUCCUGCUGCCCUUGGCUUCAUCAUCUCUCCAUGGUCUCUGCUGUUGCUGCCCUCUGGUAGUGUGUCAUUUACGGAUGAAAAUAUUUCCAAUCAGGAUCUUCGAGCAUUCACUGCACCAGAGGUUCUUCAAAAUCAAUCAUUAACUUCUCUCUCAGAUGUUGAAAAGAUCCAUAUUUAUUCUCUUGGAAUGACAUUGUACUGGGGAGCUGAUCAUGAAGUACCUCAGAGCCAACCUAUCAAGCUUGGAGAUCAUCUCAACAGCAUACUGCUUGGAAUGUGCGAGGAUGUUAUUUACGCUCGGGUUUCUGUUCGGACUGUUUUGGACGCUUGCAGCGCACACAUUAGGAACAGCAACUGUGCACCUUCAUUUUCCUACGUGAAACAGUUGGUAAAACUGGUUCUAGGAAAUCUUUCUGGGACGGAUCAGCUUUCCCGUAGCAGUGACCAAAAGCCUGAUCGAAGCCAGGCUAUUCGAGACCGAUUGAGAGGAAAAGGAUUACCUACAGGAAGAAGCUCUACUUCUGAUGUACUAGACACACACAAGCCUCCAUUCUCUCAUCAGACCUUUCUUAACAAAGGGCUUAGUAAAUCUAUGGGAUUUCUGUCCGUCAGAGACACACAGGAUGAGGAAGAUUAUUUCAAAGACAUUUCAUCCGAUAAUAAUUCUGGGCAUGAAGAUUCUGAAAACACUUGCUCCCUUUACCAGUUCAAAACUAGUGGUCCAGGAAAUAAAAUUAUCUCCGGAACUGAUGUGCUUCCCAAGAAGAAAAUCUGGGCUUCAUCCAUGGACUUGCUUUGUACAGCUGACAAAGACUUGUCUUCUGGAGAGACUGGUAGACACAGAUACUGUCACCCUGAGGCAGUAACAGUGCGGACUUUGACUGCUCCUAGAAAAAAAGAGUCAAGAUAUUCAGAUGGAAGCAUAGCCCUGGAUAUCUUUGGCCCCCAGAAAAUGGAUCCAAUACAUCCUACACGAGAAUCGCCCACUUCCUCCGCAAUAUCAAGUGCUUUGGACCGAAUCCGAGAGAGACAAAAGAAACUUCAGGUUCUAAGAGAAGCCAUGAAUGUAGAAGAACCAGUUCGAAGAUACAAAACAUACCACAGUGAUGUUUUUAAUACCUCCAGUGAGAGUCCAUCUAUUAUUUCCUGUGAAUCAGAUUUCAGACAAGUCAAAAGAAGUGAAGCUUCAAAAAGGUUUGAAUGCAGCAGCGGUCUCCUCAGUGUAGAUGAAAGUCAAGGCCAGUCACAGAGACCAAGCAGACAAUAUGAAACAUCCCUUGAAGGCAACUUAAUUAAUCAAGAGAUCAUGCUAAAACGGCAAGAAGAAGAAAUGAUGCAGCUGCAAGCCAGAAUGGCCCUUAGACAGUCUCGAUUAAGCCUCUAUCCAGGAGACACAAUCAAAGCUUCCAUGCUCGACAUUACCAGAGAUCCAUUAAGAGAAAUUGCCCUAGAAACAGCCAUGACCCAGAGAAAACUGAGGAAUUUCUUCGGCCCUGAGUUUGUGAAAAUGACGAUUGAACCCUUCAUAUCUUUGGAUUUGCCACGCUCUAUCCUUGCUAAGAAAGGGAAGAAUGAGGAUAACCGAAGAAAAGUGAACAUCAUGCUUCUGAGUGGGCAGAGACUGGAACUCACUUGUGACACCAAAACUAUAUGUAAAGAUGUGUUUGAUAUGGUAGUGGCUCACAUCGGCUUAGUGGAGCAUCAUUUGUUUGCUUUAGCUACCCUCAAAGAUAAUGAAUAUUUCUUUGUUGAUCCUGACUUAAAACUAACCAAAGUGGCCCCAGAUGGAUGGAAAGAAGAACCAAAGAAAAAAAGCAAGGCCACUGUUAAUUUUACUUUGUUUUUUAGAAUUAAAUUUUUCAUGGAUGAUGUUAGUCUAAUACAACAUACUCUCACCUGUCAUCAGUAUUACCUCCAGCUGCGGAAAGAUAUCUUGGAGGAGAGGAUGCACUGUGAUGAUGAGACGGCCUUGUUGCUGGCAUCCUUGGCUCUGCAGGCUGAGUAUGGAGACUAUCAACCAGAGGUUCAUGGUGUGUCUUAUUUUAGACUGGAGCAUUAUUUGCCUGCAAGAGUGACAGAGAAACUUGACUUAUCCUAUGUUAAAGAGGAGUUACCCAAAUUGCAUAAUACCUAUGUGGGAGCUUCUGAAAAAGAGACAGAGUUAGAAUUUUUAAAGGUGUGCCAAAGACUAACAGAAUAUGGAGUUCAUUUUCACCGAGUGCAUCCUGAAAAAAAAUCUCAAACAGGAAUAUUACUUGGAGUCUGUUCUAAAGGAGUCCUGGUGUUUGAAGUUCACAAUGGCAUUCGCACAUUGGUCCUUCGCUUUCCAUGGAGGGAAACCAAGAAGAUUUCUUUUUCCAAAAAGAAAAUUACAUUGCAGAAUACUUCAGAUGGAAUAAAGCACGCCUUCCAGACAGACAACAGUAAGGUGUGCCAGUACCUGCUGCACCUCUGCUCUUCCCAGCAUAAAUUCCAGCUCCAGAUGAGAGCGAGACAGAGCAACCAAGACGCCCAAGACAUUGAGAGAGCUUCGUUUAGGAGCCUGAAUCUCCAAGCAGAGUCCGUUAGAGGAUUAAAUAUGGGACGAGCAAUCAGCACUGGCAGUCUGGCCAGCAGCACCUUGAACAAACUUGCCGUUCGACCUUUGUCAGUUCAAGCUGAGAUUCUGAAGAGGCUAUCCUGCUCAGAGCUGUCGCUUUACCAACCAUUGCAAAACAAUUCAAAAGAGAAGAGUGACAGAGCUUCAUGGGAGGAAAAGCCUAGAGGGAUGAGUAAAUCAUAUCAUGACCUCAGUCAGGCCUCUCUCUAUCCUCAUCGGAAAAAUGUCAUUGUUAACAUGGAUUCCCCACCACAAAGUGUUGCAGAGUUGGUGGGAAAACCCUUUCACCAGAUGGGAAGAUCUGAUACAGACUCUUUGGCAGGAUUCACAAAACUUAAUAAUUCAAAGUCUGUUGCAAGUUUAAAUAGAAGUCCUGAAAGGAUGAAACAUGAAUCAGACUCCUCAUCCAUUGAAGACCCUGGCCAAGCCUAUGUUAUAGGAAUGACAAUGCAUAGUUCUGGAAAUUCUUCAUCCCAAGUACCCUUAAAAGAAAAUGAUGUGCUACACAAAAGAUGGAGCAUUGUGUCUUCACCAGAAAGAGAGAUCACCUUGGUGAACCUGAAAAAAGAUGCAAAGCAUGGCUUAGGAUUUCACAUUAUCGGUGGGGAGAAGAUGGGAAGACUGGAUCUAGGUGUGUUUAUCAGUUCAAUUACCCCAGGAGGACCAGCAGACUUAGACGGAUGCUUAAAGCCAGGAGAUCGUUUGAUAUCCGUGAAUAGUGUGAGUCUGGAGGGGGUCAGCCAUCAUGCUGCAAUUGAAAUUUUACAAAAUGCACCAGAAGAUGUGACUCUUGUUGUCUCUCAGCCAAAAGAGAAGAUGUCCAAAGCACCUUCUCCUGCACAUCUUGCCAAUGGGAUGAAAAAUUACAUGAAGAAAUCUCCUUACUUGCAAGACGGUGCUGUAGAUUCUUGUGAGGAUCACCACUGGCCACGUGGUACUCUGAGACACACCUCAGAGGGCUCCUUUGGGCUGUCUGGGGGCCUGCGGGAAGGCAGCCUGAGUUCUCAAGAUUCUAGGACUGAGAGUGCCAGCUUGUCCCAGAGCCAGGUCAAUGGUUUCUUUGCCAGCCAUAUAGGUGACCGAACCUGGCAGGAGUCACAGCAUGGCAGCCCUUCCCCAUCUGAAAUAUCCAAAGUCACAGAGAAAAAAAGGACUUCCACUGGCAGCAACCAAAGCAAAGCCAAAAAGCCAGGCAUCUCCGAUGCCACAGAUUACUCUGACCGUGGAGAUUCAGACAUGGAUGAAGCCACUUAUUCCAGCAGUCGGGAUCAUCACACACCUAAAAAGGAAACUUCCUCCUCAAUGAUUACAUCCAACAAAAUGAAUUUUAAAACUUUCUCUACAUCACCUCCUAAACCUGGAGAUAUCUUUGAGGUUGAACUGGCUAAAAAUGAUAACAGCUUGGGGAUAAGUGUCACGGUACUGUUUGACAAGGGAGGUGUGAAUACCAGUGUCAGACAUGGUGGCAUCUAUGUGAAAGCUGUUAUUCCUAAAGGAGCAGCAGAGUCUGAUGGUAGAAUUCACAAAGGUGAUCGUGUCCUAGCUGUCAAUGGAGUUAGUCUGGAAGGAGCUACUCAUAAGCAAGCUGUGGAAACACUGAGAAGUACUGGACAGGUGGUUCAUCUACUAUUAGAAAAGGGACAGUCUUCAGCACCCAAAGAACACAUCCCUGUGACCCCACAGUGCACCCUUCCAAAUCAGGAUGCCCAAGGUCCAGCCUCAGAAAAAAUGGUGAAAAAAACAACUCCUGUCAAAGACUACAGCUUUGUCACUGAAGAGAAUACAUUUGAGGUAAAAUUGCUUAAAAAUAGUUCAGGCCUAGGAUUCAGUUUUUCUCGCGAAGAUAAUCUUAUACCUGAGCAAAUGAAUGCCAGCAUAGUAAGGGUUAAAAAGCUCUUCCCUGGACAGCCUGCAGCAGAAAGUGGAAAAAUUGAUGUGGGAGAUGUUAUCUUGAAAGUGAAUGGAGCUUCUCUGAAAGGAUUAUCGCAGCAGGAAGUCAUAUCUGCUCUCAGGGGAACAGCUCCGGAAGUAUCCUUGCUUCUCUGUAGACCUCCACCUGGUGUGCUCCCGGAAAUUGAUACAGCUCUUUUGACCCCGCUACAUUCUCCAGCACAAAUACUGCCAAACAGCAGUAAACAUCCUUCUCAGCCAUCAUGUGUGGAGCAAGGCACCAGCUCAGAUGAAAAUGAAAUGUCUGACAAAGGCAAGGAACACUGCAAGUCCUCCUCCAGGAGAGACAGUGGCAGUGACAGCGACAGCAGUGGGAGUGGAGAAGACAGCCUAGUGAGAGGCCCAGCAAGGGUUUCAAAAAGGAGCUGGAGUUCAGCUGCACAUCAGACUCUCAGCAACGUGGUGUCACAGGCACAGCGUCAGCUGGAAGCAACCAAGAGUCAGGAGGAUACCAUUUGUGCCAUGUUUUAUUAUCCUCCGAAAUUACCCGUGAAACCAGAAUUCGAGGACAGUAACCCUCCUUUCCCUUUACCACUGGAUGCAACUCCUGGCCAAAGUGGUCAGCCCCAGUCAGAGUCUGCUUCCUCUGAUGCAGUGGAUAAACAUCACACACAUCACCCCUCUGAACUAACUAAACGAGAAAACAUAACAACUUUGAAAAAUGACUUGGAAAACCACCUUGAAGACAUUGAAUUGGAAGUAGAACUCCUCAUUACCCUAAUUAAAUCUGAGAAAGGAAGCCUUGGUUUUACAGUAACCAAGGGCAGUCAGAGUAUCGGUUGUUAUGUUCAUGAUGUCAUACAAGAUCCAGCCAAAAGUGAUGGAAGGCUGAAACCUCGGGACCGGCUAAUUAAGGUUAAUGAUACAGAUGUUACAAACAUGACUCACACAGAUGCCGUGAAUCUGCUCCGAGCUGCACCUAAAACAGUCAGAUUAGUUCUUGGACGAGUUCUAGAAUUACCCAGGAUGCCAGUGUUGCCUCAUUUGCUACCUGACAUUACAUUAACAUGUAACAAAGAAGAAUUAGGUUUUUCCUUAUCUGGAGGUCAUGACAGCCUUCAUCAAGUGGUAUAUAUUAGUGAUAUUAAUCCAAGGUCAGUUGCCGCCAUUGAAGGUAAUCUUCAGCUAUUAGAUAUCAUCCAUUAUGUGAAUGGAGUCAGCACACAAGGAAUGACCUUGGAGGAAGCUAACAGAGCAUUGAGCAUGUCACUUCCUUCAGUGGUGCUGAAAGCAACAAGAGAUGGUCAUCCAGUGAUCCCCAGUUCAAAGAGGUCUGUCAUUUCAUCUCCAAAGUCAACCAGAGCUAAUGGUCAUCACAGUGUGGAGCCUAGUGGCCAGUCUGCCCUCAGUCUUCAUGAUCCUUUCUCCAAGGUUAAUGGGGAAGAAAUCAUUGAACUUUUGUACCCUGAAGGAAAAUGUUCUGCUUAUCAGAUGAAGGGACCAGCAAACUCAACUUUAUCCAAAGAAUCUGAAAUACAAGAAGAUGACAUUUAUGAUGAUCCUCAAGAAGCUGAAGUUAUUCAGUCUCUGCUGGAUGUCGUAGACGAGGAAGCCCAGAACCUUUUACACCAAAAUAAUGUGGCAGGAGAGACCUGUGUUGCGGACACAUUAAGGACAAAUGGCAAGUUAUCAGAAGAGCGAGCAGAGGACACAGACUGUGAUGGUUCACCUUUACCUGAGGAUUUCACUGAGUCUGCCAAAGUGAAUGGCUGUGAAGAAUAUUGUGAAGAAAGAUUAAAAAGUGAAAGUUCUAGCUUAAUUCCGAAGUCACAAGAAAGGAAGACUGAUGGUGACGAGGUAACGUGGGGGAGUGGAGAACUGCCAAUACAGACGAUAGACCAUGAGGAUCCUGAUAAAGAUCAUCCCUUUUUGACCAACGAGGAGAUUGCUGCACUCCCUGUGGUGAAAGUACUUCCCUCUGGCAAGUACUCUGGAUCCAAGUUGAAAUCAGUCAUUCGAAUGUUGCGGGGUUUGCUAGAUCAAGGAAUUCCUUCUAAGGAGCUGGAGAAUCUUCAAGAAUUAAAACCUUUGGAUCAGUGUCUAAUUGGACAAACUAAGGAAAACAGAAAAAAGAACAGAUAUAAAAAUAUACUUCCUUAUGAUGCCACAAGGGUACCUCUUGGAGAUGAUGGUGGAUAUAUCAAUGCCAGCUUUAUAAAGAUACCAGUGGGGAGAGAAGAGUUCGUUUACAUUGCCUGCCAAGGACCUCUCCCUACAACUGUGGGGGAUUUCUGGCAGAUGAUUUGGGAACAAAAAUCCACAGUAAUAGCCAUGAUGACCCAAGAAGUAGAAGGAGAAAAAAUCAAAUGCCAGCGCUAUUGGCCUAACAUCCUCGGCACAACGACCAUGGUCAAUGACAGGCUUCGGCUGGCUCUCGAAAGGCUGCAGCAGCUGAAGGGCUUUGUGGUGAGGGCCAUGACCCUAGAAGACAUUCAGACAGGAGAGGUACGGCACAUUUCCCAUCUGAAUUUCACUGCCUGGCCGGACCAUGACACGCCAUCCCAGCCGGAUGACCUGCUCACGUUCAUCUCCUACAUGAGGCACAUCCAUCGGUCGGGCCCCAUCGUCACACACUGCAGCGCUGGCAUUGGGCGGUCUGGGACUCUGAUAUGCAUCGAUGUGGUUCUGGGAUUAAUCGGUCAAGAUCUUGAUUUCGACAUCUCUGACUUAGUGCGAUGCAUGAGACUACAAAGACAUGGGAUGGUGCAGACAGAGGAUCAGUAUAUUUUCUGCUACCAAGUCAUCCUUUAUGUCCUGGCACGGCUACAAGCUGAAGAAGAGCAAAGAGAGCAGCCUCAGCUCCUAGAAUGACGUGCGGAGCUGCCUUCCUGACGCACGCUGGUUUCUCUCCUCGCCCUCAGCAGACUCCUGUUCUCUACGGAAAGUGAGCAGCAAGUCCACACAACGUCAUUACGCUUACUCUCCUCUACCUUAGAGGGGUCACCUUUGGAACAGUAAAUAAUGUUAAAUGGCUGUAUUUUUACAGCUCCUUUAGUUAUUAGAUAUUUUUUAACACUAACCAAACAAUGCAAAUCUUAGAGAUGAUUAAAAGUAUUUGAUUAUAGUGGACAUUAUUACAAAGACACUAUUUUUAAUGCUCCAAUCUUGUUUAUAGCAAAAAUUUUUUCCAGUAUUUUAAUAAAGUAGAGUUAUUUUAUAGGGGAUACUUGAAGCCAGUAUUUAAGCUUUAAAUGACAGUAAUAUUGGCAUAGAAAAGAAAGUAGCAAAUGUUUACUGCAUCAGUUUCUAACGUUUACUAUAUAAAAUUUCCUGUAAUAUAUUUAUAUACUUUUUCAUGAAAAUAGUUAUCAGAUAUCUGUUUGUAACUGCAUUACGUAUUUGUAAUGCAUCAUCUCACUUUGUAAAUAAAAUACACCUUAAAAC